AUGGCUAGAAAUUUUAGGGAUUUUAGGAGGAUGAAUCCUCCUAUGUUUUUUGGAUCUAAGGUUAAUGAAGACACGCAAGAUUUCGUUAAUGAGAUCUUCAAAAAGGCUGUUCUUGAUAGAUUCUUCCGAAGGGAGCAAAGGGAAGCUAAGGAUGAGAUGAGCCAUUUUCUAACGGCCGUGUCCGAAGAGCAUGAACAAGAAUGCCAUGCAACAAUGCUUCAUGACAAUAUGGAUCUUUCUCGAUUGAAGGUUCAUGCCCAACAGGUUGAAGAUAGUCAUCUAAGGAAAAAGAAUACGGAAACUAAGAAGGCAACGUCUUUUAAAAGUAGUUAUCUUAAGAGUAGGCUAGAUGUGAAAGACAAGCCUAAGAUCAAGAAAAAGUUUUUAAAUCAGGUUUCUUGGAUUUUCUAUAAGAAUUGCAAUGAUAGAGGUUCAAAUCCUAAAACUCAAAGGGGGAGAAAUGUUGAACCACUAAAAGAGACACCAACUUGUGUUAAGUGUGGUAAGAAACAUGUGGGUGUAUGUCUUGUUCGGACUAAUAGCUUUAAUGGUUUUGGAAAGGGUAUGCAUAUGGUGAAAGAUUGUCCUAAUAUGAGAAGCCAACGUAUGGGGAAUGGUCAAGCUUAA